AUGUUCUCAAAUCAGAAUCGUCGAGGCCCUAGACGCACACCAUCUCACUCAACCAAGCCAGGAGAUCAUCAAUCCUACAGCACCAAUAAGGCCAGCUUGCAGAUCGGACAAUUGAACAAACCACACUGUGAAUGUUCCCUCGAGGCUGUCGAAGUCUGGUCACUCAUCCAAAAUGUCCACGAGGUCGGUCUUGACAUUGUCAUGGCGGCCAGCGAGCAGAGCCUUGAGCUUUGGGGCAAAUCUCAGGACUGCCAGUCCUGUCCCACCAGCUUUUAUGAGACACUGUUGAAGGUUUAUGAAAGGCUGGUUGACUGGCUCGAAUCGGCCAUUGCCACAUAUCGUUCGCUCCCAGCACACCAAUCCACCACGGCAGAGAAUGCCGCCCGAAUUGAAACUUCACAUUCGGUGAAUUAUCCAGCUAUCAAAAUGGCACGUCUAGAUCGACCUCAGCCCAGGUCCAGGGAUCCAGCUAAUGCAUCUGGGAACCGAACGAUCUGUCUGCCGUCGUCGAUGUCGCUUGGAGAAUAUGAGUUUGACGAAGAACAAAGCAGACACUUGGCCCUUGACCUCGUCGUGAAACAACUGAGAGGAUUGGCCUCAGCACUACAUCAACUGCAGCAGAUCCAGCUUGAGAACGGCCAUGGAAUGAAGGAUCUGGGUUCGAGCCUAAAUAUCACUUUUUCAAGAACGAUGCGGUUGCUCAGCACCAGAACUGCGGCUUUAGCGGAAGAGUAG